GAAGGCUGCUUCGAUGCAGCUCAGCCCUCCACGCUAUUUCAUCUCUGCAGGACUACUACAGCCUACACCCAUUGCAAGUUGCUCGCUGUGGACAAGCCAAGUGGCGGACUGGCGCUCUCAACGGCCCUGCCCAGCCGCCCGCCUCACCCACAACACAGGCCGCGACCUGACCCAGCCCACGUGUCCGAGAGCCGUGACUCAGGGCAGCGCCGGUUUGGGUGUCCGUCCUCUGCCGUGCGGCUGGACGCAGGUACACUCACACACUGCGAGAAAACCUCCUCGGCAUCGGAGGCGCGGCCUGCCAGCCUUGGCAAACCAAUAAAGGUCGUGCUCGGCGCUUCGCACGCAACAGUCCGCUUGCGCGCUGGCUCCAGUCAACAUGCACGUUACUUGCUGGGUCUUUACUGUGAUUACGUUUCUCAUAACUCCGUCACUGGGAGUUCCAGACCCGUGCCAGCCCAACCCGUGUGGGAGAAACACCAACUGCCGGAGUACAGCGGGCCGCGCAGUCUGCUCUUGCCUGCCCGGUUACCGUGGUUCGCCACUCAGUUCCUGUGAGAAAGGAGAAUGUUCAGUCAGUGAAGAUUGUCCGAGCCACAAGACUUGCAUUAAUUCUCAGUGCAAAGAUGUGUGUGAUGGAACCUGUGGAAUAAAUGCAAAAUGCGAGGCACGGAAUCACGUGCCCAUAUGCUCUUGCCCUGCCGGGUAUUCUGGCGACCCUUUCGUGCAUUGCCGCAAUGAUCCAGAGUCUCUUUGCAUACCAAAUCCUUGUGGAAAGAAUGCACAAUGCAAAGUAGUGAACAAAGUGCCCACUUGUUCGUGUCCUCCAGGCUAUAUCGGGUCACCACUCAGAGGGUGCAGACCAGAGUGCGAAAGCGACGGGGAUUGUUCCGACCACCAACACUGCUUCAACAACCGGUGCACAAGUGUCUGCACUACAGGUGUUUGUGGUGUAGAUGCCCUCUGCACCGCCAGAAAUCAUGUAGCUGUGUGCACCUGCCCAGAAUACUACGUCGGAAAUCCACAAGUGUCCUGUCGCCCCGAGUGUGUUACUUCAGAAGACUGCACCAAAGACAAGCCCCUCUGUUGGUACGGUCGCUGCCUCGACCCUUGCAAAUCGGCAUGUGGUGUUAAUGCUGAGUGUCAAGUUAAAAGUGAGACCGCAGUCUGCAGCUGUCCAGAGGGCUACGUUGGACACGCUAUGCUCUACUGUCGGCCAGUCACAGAUGAUGAUUACUGCAAUCCCAACCCGUGCGGAAAGAAUGCCGUCUGCCAGCCCGGCUUCGACAACACGGGGAAGCGGCGGCCAGUCUGCACUUGCCCUGCCGGCUACGUCGGAAAUGCACUCCGGGAGUGUCAGCGUGGAGAGUGCCUCACAGAUAACGAGUGCAGGUUUGAUCUCUCGUGCGACGCGUCCACCUUCACUUGCCACAAUCCGUGUCGAGGAGCCUGUGGGGCACUGGCGGAGUGUGUCGUCAGGAACCACAUUCCCCUCUGUGCUUGUCCUGCAGGCUACACAGGCGAUGCCUCUGUUGCUUGCCAGCCAUUAAAUUCUCAGCAGAGGAUAGUCUACCAGAGCAGAUAUUCAGUAUGAACAUAGACUCUUUUUUUCUCUCUCUUUUUUGUACCUAAUCUUCUCAAAUAAUGAAAGUAUUUACAAUAACAUUGAAUGUUAAGAAAGUUUUAAGCAUUGAGCUAUGUUUGGAAAUUGAACUAAAGUUCCAGAUCUUUAUGUAUAUACUUAUGGAAAUUACACCAAACAGUUUGUACUGGUAGGUGUGUUUUAUGGUGAUACAGUCACAGAUUUGGUAAGAGUUCUGUAUCACACUAAGAUGUUAGUAACAAAUUGCUAUUUCACGAAAAGGUUUUCUGGGUAUGGUACCACAUCAUAUUGUAAGAAAGUGUUACAGAUGAAACACGUGUUUUGGUCACAGUUAUUGUGGUUGAAAUAUCAGUUUCAUCAGUAACAGUUACUUACGUUAAGAUGCGGUACCAUACCCAUAAAACUUCCCAUGUUAACUGACUCUGGCUGUGGAGGCCUGGCCUGCACAGCUAUAAUUGGGUAUCUGUUUCAGAUAAUACCUGGCUCUUGAAUUGUGCAGUUUUUCAGGAACCCACUUAUCAUACAUUUAAUGAUAGUGUUUGUGGAUUUAUGUGACUUGUUAAUAUUUCCAACUGUCUGUAUAUAAUCUGUGUGUUAUAGAAUAAGCAUAGUGUUUGUCUCUGUACCUCUUUGUAAAGUUCCAUAGUAUAAAAGAUAAACACAACCAUGAUAGUGUUUUUAAUUUUUUUAACUACAGUGUAGACAUGUAUCCCCUUUCAAGAGUACAGCUCAAGAUUGCAAAUGACCCUGUCUGUCACUUUGUCAUAACAAUCAAGAGAUCACAAAUAAAAGCUUGAAAUAAGAUAACGAAACAUUAUAGUUACGUAACUUCCAGUUAAAAUAUUACAUCCACAAACCUUAUAUGUAUGAUAAUGUCAGUGUAACAUCUUAUGUAAGAUAAUUAAAACUAGAUAUUGAAGGACAGAGAAA